AUGGAAGAAAGUUCAGAGGCCAGAAAGGCACGCUUGGCUGCCUUAAGGAAAAAGAGAAAGGCCGGGCUGGAUCCGGCUGCUGUAUCUAAUGUAGCGGAGGAGAACCAAGAGAAUCCCGAACCCCCAACCAUGAUUCUGCCCAUCGCCAACGCCGAAGAAAGAUCACACGAGAAAAGUCACCUACCUCCAUCGCUCAAGAUAUCAGAAGAUGAAACCGUCGAAGUUGUGGCAGCAAGAGUGCAAGAAGAAAUCUUUGAGCGGAUACACCGUGAAGCCGUUUCCAACUCAAACCCUUCAGCCAGCUUACCCGCUAAGCAAUCGCAUACCAAAGAUUUAGAAGCCGAUAUCGAACAUAAUCUUAAACGGGCGCAGUUGAAGACCGACCAAGCAGUCAACAGAAUAAUAAGGAAGAAGUACGCCCAACAAUCAACUACAUAA